CAGAAAAAGAUUAUAGAGAAGGGGAUCUAAAAUUACGAAAUUUAGAGUAUAAACUAAAAAAAAAAGAAGUUGAUGCUCGGAUUAAAAUUGAAAAUGAAAAAUUUGAAUUCGAAAAACGAAUAAAAGAGCAUUUUGAACAAAAAUUAAAAGAAUUAGAGUUAAGAGUAAAAGAAUUAGAAAUAAACUAUAAGCAUAGUGAAUCUAAUGAUAAAGUACAUAAAGCAUAUACCCUAUAUAUGUUAGAUGCCCUAUCCUAA